GUGUGUGCUUGUCCCUCUCACCUGUGGGACGGCUCCUCUUGCCCUGGCAGUGACAGUGUGUGAGCGACUUCCGCAACCCCACCUUGCACCUCUAGUCCUCAGGUGCCACCGCUGUGGACUAAUCUCAAAGGAAAUCACAACACCACACAACACCUGAACAGCCAAGCAUGAAGAGCCAGAGGGGACCAACAGACGCAAUGGAAGGAGUUACUGUGAAUAGGUUCGCUGAAGAAGCUCCAUCAUCCGGGAGGUCUAAGAAUGGAUAUGUGUUCCAGGAGAUGGAACUUCAAGAUGAGGAGCAAGAGGAGUUUAGGGAAGGUCAAAAUGGACGACAGAGUUCAUCCAGUCCCACAGAGGAUCACAGUCACUAUGACAAUCAGACAGAAGUGAGCGUUUCAGACUGCGAUGACUCAGGAUUCGGUCUCCUGAAUACAUCAAGAAAAUAUGUGAAGCUGAUGAACUUCCAGGAGGAAGUGAGGGCCCACAGGGACCUGGACGGCUUCCUGGCGCAGGCCAGCAUCCUGCUGGACGAGAAGGCGGCGUCCCUGGACGAGGUGCUGCGGCGCAUGUUUCAGCACGUAGCUAACGAUGGGCAGGCGAGCUGCAGCUCGGACGAGGUGAUGAACGGCCUGUUCACGGAUGCUGGCGGAAAAGGGGCCAAUGUGCAUCUGUUGACGGAGACCAUCCAGGGGGUGACCGCCACAGCUACGGGGGUGCGCUACCAGCAGUCUUGGCUCUGCGUGCUCUGCACUGUGAAGAGUCUGCAGAGGCGCUGUGUGUGUAUCACACGGCUGGAGAGGCCACAGAACUGGGGGGUGAACUGUGCUGAGGUCCGCUACGUCAUCCUCAUCCUCGCCCCACCCAGAACGAAAAGCACAAAGACAGCCAUCGAGUUGGGCCGCACGUUUGCCACCAUGUUCUCCGACAUCUCCUUCAGACAGAAGCUCCUGGACACCAAGAGCCAGGAGGAGUUCAAGCAGGAGCUCAUGUGCCAGAGGCAGAACCACUCCUCGGCGGUGAAGAAGCCUGCAGUGGAGGAGAAAGACCUGCACAGCAAGGAGCCGCUCAAGUUAAGGGAGUUCCUUCGGUUUGGCCGCGGCAUGUAUGAAGACCUGUGUCGCAGACUGCCUCACUACCCCUCGGACUUCACAGACGGUAUGUGGGGUAGUAACAGAUCGUGGUUGAAAUACACCACCACGUCCAUCUACUUAUACAUAGCCAUCUUACUGCCUGCCAUUUCCUUUGGCUCUCUGAAUGAUGAGAGCACCAGGGGAGAGAUAGACGUACAGAAGACCAUCGUUGGUCAAUGCAUCGGAGGGGUCAUCUAUUCUCUUUUGGCCGGCGCUCCAAUGGUCAUUCCCCUAACAACUGCGCCGCUGGCCAUUUAUAUCAGUGUGAUCCGUGGUAUUUGUGAUGAUUAUGACCUGGAUUUCCCGGCCUUCUACGCCUGCACUGGACUGUGGAACAGUCUCUUCCUUAUUCUGGCAGGGGUCUUCAAUGUCAGCCUCUUCAUGAAGCUCUUCAGACGCUCCAUAGAGGAGAUAUUUGCCAUGUUCAUUGCCAUCGCUUUUGUGGGUGAUGCGGUGAAAGGCACAGUGAAAGUCUUCCAUAAUUAUUAUCAUGCCCCUGAGCUCAACGGUACUUUGGGGGAGUUGGAGCACCUAGUGGAGAUGGUCCAGAACUUCACCUCACACUCUCCAAACCUCACCAAUCACCUGACCCUUCCUGCGAAGCUCAUCUUGUGCACAAGGGAGCGCCCAAUCCUCUGCCUCCUUCUGAUGCUAGGCACGCUGUGGCUAGGCUAUGCCCUCUUCCUCAUUAAGAGGAGCCCUUUCCUGCAUGCCAGAGUGAGGGAGGUGGUGUCCGACUGUGCGCUGCCCAUCUCCGUUCUCGUCUUCUCUUUUAUCGGCUCUUAUCUCUUCAUCGAUAUUGAGCUUCCUGUGUUCAACUUCUACCACGGCCCCAUGUUCAAUGUGGCCUCCUUCAGCAGGCUGUCACCCUUGAACGCCCUGAGUGCUUUGGGCCUGGGCUUCCUUCUAGCCAUGCUGAUAUUCGUCGACCAGAACAUUGUAUCGUCCCUUACCAAUGCUCCAGAAAACAAGUUGGUGAAGGGUACAGCCUACCACUGGGACCUCAUCCUCACAGGCUGCAUCAACAUCAUGAUGUCCAUGCUGGGGUUGCCAUGGAUGCAUGCUGCCAUACCGCACUCCACGCUCCACGUGCGUCAGCUGGCGGUGGUGGAGCAACGUGUCGAAGGAGGCCAUCUCUAUGAAACGAUUGUAAGCGUGAAAGAGACCAGACUCACUGCUCUGGCAGCCAACGUGUUCAUCGGGCUGUCUGUGUUCCUGCUGCCGGUGCCACUGCAGUGGAUCCCCAAGCCUGUGCUCUACGGCCUCUUCCUCUACAUCGCCCUCACCUCCAUCGAGGGCAACCAGAUGUUUGACCGCAUGGCACUCCUGCUGAAGGAACAGACGUCUUAUCCUCCAACACACUACAUCCGGCGAGUGCCCCAGAGGAAGGUGCACUGCUUCACGGCCCUGCAAAUGGCCCAGCUGACUGUGCUCUGUGCCUUCGGCAUGUACCCGAUACCCUACAUGAAGAUGAUCUUCCCUCUUCUCAUCAUCCUGCUCAUUCCAAUCAGGAAUUUUAUCUUGCCAAGCAUAAUUGAUGCAAAAUACUUGGACAUCAUGGAUGCUCAACAUGUGUGAACAAACAAAAUAUGCUGGACUAAACAAAAUAUCUGAUGCUCUUGAAAGUACAGGAGGAUGUGAUGUUUAUAAAAAUGCUGUUUAAUAUUGUUUGCGGGGGUGCUGUUAGAAUUGGUGGGUCCUAUGGAAGAAUAUAAUAUCGGGCCCAUCCAAUAAUAAUAAUGUUGGUCAUUAUGUUCCUUGGAGUCAUCAUCAGAUGACCCAUGCUGACGAUGUGGCUGACACAGAGAUACCAAAGGCUAUCCUCAGAUGUGAUCGUCUACCCUGAGUGAACUUUAUUCAUUUUAUAACCACUUUCUCAUUGUCAUCUUGCCAUCCUAUCAAGGUUAUGUUAUAAUAUUUUAUGUGCUCCAGUACUAUAUCACAUUUGAGUCUACAAUUACUUAUCAUGGGAAUGAAAUCAUCCAUUUCCUUUUGCAGAUGCACUGUUCUUAUCAUGUAGACACACCUAGUUGACUCACAAAAACAUAUCUGUGCUUUAUUGGAGGUGGGAUUUGUUUUGAUGUCUUUCUUUCAGGUGGAAAUUAAUGUAGAACUUAAGAGAAUUUUUUUCAAAAAAGAAAUACAUUCCUUUAAGACUUGUGCGAUGUUAUGUGGUUUGCCACCAUAUUGGCAUCUUGUAAGAAUAUUGUGUAAUUGAAUUAUUAAAAAUACAUACAGUAUUAA